GAAGAUGAAGAAUUAGCUUAGAACAUUGAGUUGUAGAUAUGAAGAAGCGCGCUUCUAGCUCCCAAGAAAUUGUUCUGAACGACGAGGAUCUGUUAACAUUGAUACUGUUACGCGUCCCUUUCACACAACUCCUGCUCCUGAAAUCUGUUUCAAAGAGAUGGCUCUCUCUCGUCACCAAUCCCCACUUCAUUCACCUCCUCCGUCGUUCCCUCCCUCCUCUCCGUGCCUCUUCUCUUCUCAUUCAACGCACCACGAGGUCUUCUUUUCAGUACAGAUAUGGUACACAUAAUCAAGUCUUUUGUAUUCCUCUGGACAAUCCAAACGCCGGUUCCCCAUUCAGAAACUCCAAUUUUUUUGCGCCUUGUCCACGUUCCAAUCCUCAUCUCGUGCAAUCCUGCAAUGGCCUUGCAUUGUACAAUACUCCCCGCUUAAGAGGUUUCGAAGAUUGCAAGCGUCAUGUGUAUAACCCCUCCACGGCUCAUCUAGAUACCCUUCCUAAUCUUCCUCCCUUCUAUGGGCGUGGGGGUCUUUACAUUGGCUUAACUUAUGAUCCUUCAAAGUCACCUCACUACAAAGUUGUUGCUUUUUUCUUUACACAAGAUCAAUAUGGUGAUUUUCUUAUUUAUUCCUCUGAAACUGGAAAUUGGAAGGUCUCCAUUCAGUCCUUUUAUCAGCCUUUUGGAUUCCUCUUUUGCAAAGAGGGUGUCUAUUGGAAUGGAUGUCUGCACUGGUUAUAUAUUUUGUCCCAAUCUCAAAAAAAUAUUCCAGAUUCUCCUGUUUCUGAUUGUUUGUACUUCAAUGUGGAUGAAGAAAGGUUGGGAACAUUUCCAAGACCUCCUAUUGGUGCGAGGGGGACUUUAACCAGGACUUAUUAUUUUGGGGAAUCCGAAGGCCAUCUGCAUGUCACUGAAGUUUUUCCAUAUGCCACUUCACUCAACAUAUAUGAGAUGAAGAAUGAUUACUCAGGCUGGUUCGUCAAGUACCGGGUCGAUCUUGCUCCAAUCGCCAAGGUUUACUCAGAGAUGACUAAACAUAUGUCUCUUUUCUAUGAUAAGUCUGAUUAUGCGGUUUCCGUGCUCUCACUCGUCAGAAGAGAAAAUUUCCGGGAGGAUUCCUUCUUGGUAUUGGAAAUACCUGUUAAGGUCAUACGCUACAAUCUCAUGGAUACAAGUUUUAAAUUGUUAUGGGACUUUGGUGUAACCUCGAAUCUAAAAAAAUUUGAUCAUUGGGUCCUUGGACUUGCUCUUAGAAUGUGUCCAUGGGCACACCAAUGAAAAACCAAAAUACUAAUACAAACGAAUUGAACUUUAAUGAACCCUUGAUGCUCCGACACGACACAGAGGGCAAUAUAGCUGCAAUGGGAUCUAAUUCGUUGAAUCCAUGAGUUAUCAGGAACCGGAGCAAUUAUGCGGAAAUCUUCAGGUUUGUGGUUACACAAUGCUGCAAAAUAUGAAGUCCAUGACCGUGCCACACUUGCCCAUACUCAAAAGGUAUAUUUUCAGCAGCUAGACGACCAAUAAAACCGCCAAGCUCUAGUCUUAAACACGCAAAUGAGCCUCCAGCAACGGGAAGUUCCGCAGAAAAUUCCGUAUAACAAAGGACAGAGAGCAGAGCAGACAAACUGAAAUGAGAUAUCAUAUUAUGACAACAGGUCCAGCAUAAUCCGAGUAGCUUGUCCAGUAAUAACAUAAACUCCAGCUCCCAAAACAGACCCAAC